AUGUCCUCCAUCCUAGAAUCCCCGAAGGACUUCAGUCGCAGAAGCUUCCACCAAAGUCUGAGUUUAUCCACGCAGGGCCCUUCACUCAGCCCAAGCGUGAGGAGCAUGCCGCCCCUCUGGGCUGCACCCAGCGUCUAUGGGGGAGCCGGAGGCUACGGCACCCGCAUCUCCACCUCCAGAAGCACAGCGAGCUCUCACAGCAUCCCCACCAGCGUCGGGGGCCUCCUUAAUGGCAAUGAGAAGACGACUAUGCAGAACCUAAAUGACCGUCUAGCGAGCUACCUAGAGAAGGUGCGCUUUCUGGACCAGUCCAACUCCAAACUGGAAGCGCAGAUCAAGCAGUGGUACGAGACCAAGGCACCCAGCAGUGGUCGGGACUACAGCGCAUAUUACAAACAAAUCCAAGAGCUGCAAAAUCAGAUUAAGGAUGCUCAGCUGCACAAUGCACGAUGUGUCCUGCAAAUUGACAACACUAAGCUGGCCGUCGAGGACUUCAGACUGAAGUAUGAGACUGAGAGGGCCAUGCACCUGACCCUGAAAGUCGACCUCCAAAGCCUGAGUAAGGUCUUUGAUGAUCUAACCCUACACAAGACAGACUUGGAACUUCAAAUUGAGGAACUGAAUAGAGACCUGGCUGUCCUCAAAAAAGAGCACAAGGAGGAAGUGGAUGGCCUGCAGAGGCAUCUGGGCAAUACCGUCAACGUAGAGGUGGACGUUGCUCCGGGCCUGAACCUCAGUGCCAUCAUCAAUGAAAUGAGGCAGAAAUAUGAAGUCAUGGCCCAGGAGUACAUUCAGAAGGCCAAAGAACAGUUUGAGAUGCAGAUUGAAGAUCUGCAACAAGAGGUCACAGUGAGCACAGAAGAGUUAAAAGAAACUGAGGCUCAACUGAAGAAGCUGAGGAACACCUCCCAGAGCCUGGAGAUAGAGCUCCAGUCCUGCUACAGUGUGAAAACAUCUUUGGAACACACACUAGAGGAGACCAACGUUGCUUACAGCGGCCAGUUGGCCAACCUCCAGGCCAGGCUGAACGCUGUAGAGGAUGAACUGAUGCAGGUUCGGGGAGACGCAGAACGCCAGAAGGCUGAAUACCUUACUCUUCUUGACGUAAAGAUCAGGCUUGAGCAGGAGAUUGCUACUUACCGCCGCCUUCUGGAAGGAGAAGAUGUCAAAAUGACAGAAUAUCAGUUGAACACCCUGGAAGAGAAAGAUGUAAAGAAAACCAGGAAGAUCAAGACCCUCGUGCAAGUCCAAGAAGUCGUGGACGGCAAGGUUGUGUCAUCUACAGUCAAAGAAAUCAAAGAGAUGGAAGAAAACAUAUAA